CCUAAACGUCAGAUUGACAUUUGGCAGAUUCAAAUUAUUUCUUUUCUUCGCACGGUCCGACCUUCCUUUCUCUAUACGAAUUUUAGUUGAAAAACUCACUUUCACCUUAUUAUCGCGAUUUAAAUUAUAUCACGCGCCUCGCAUUCCUACCUUGCCGAUUGCUACAAUUUUCGCUGAUGGUUGCAUAGUAUUAUUUACCUGAAAUAAGUUCGAAAGUAUAAUAGAGAUAUCUUGUAAUUAUACUAUUUAUUUUCUAUUUAUCGUAUUGAUAAGGAUGUAGGGCUGUGAUAAGAAGUGAGCUGAUGGUAAACAGAAGAUAUUGGAGUUUCAAUUGACAAGCAACAAGCAGGAAUAUAACCAUCAGCCAUGCAUAUGUGGAUGUGGUUCGGCUACGAUCUCGGGCCUUUUCUGUUCUCCUGUCUCGACGUCACCACGCGAUGGCAGUUCGCUCUCACCUGGAUAGUGCUGUUUGUGGUGGCGCUUCUAUUUGAAGCUUCUAAGGUGUACCUGGCGAGAGUGCAGCGCGCCGCCCAAAAACGGCUGUACCCUUACAGGUCUGACGAACGGCGGAAUCUGCUGUGCCGGGACCUCCCCGUUGAGCCCGGGACCAGUCGCAACGCCAGCCACGGCCAGGUUGAAAGAUGGGCGUCUAUGAAGACCAGAAUGCUAAUAAACACGCACCAAACAUUAGUGUUCGUGCUCCACAAUGUAGUUGGCUAUCUCCUGAUGUUGGCUGUGAUGGUCUACAACGUUGAGCUGCUGCUGGCGGUGGUGCUUGGCAUGAUGUUAGGUUACUUCCUCUUCGGCCCGAAGCUUACGAGACUUCAAAUGCAAUGCUUCCGCACAAAACGCGUCGUGAUAUGCACUCCGGAAUGCGAUGACACAGCUGAAACCUCCACCCCGCCGCUCCUAGACGCCUCUCUCACCACGGAGUCUGACUACUUCAUCUGCCAAACGCGCACCUGCAUCCAACCCUCCCACUACUUCCGCGCCAGCACAUCCCAGGAGACACCAGCCAGCUGCCACUUCGGAGCCAAGUGUCCGUCUAAAGUCGCUAAGGCUAAAACUUUACAGAAACACUGUCACAAAGAGGAGCCGAACGUGGAAGACGCGCAGUUGCUCGGUGACAGUUGUUGUAAUAAAGAAAAGGUGGAAGUCCACCAGCCUGCUAGCUCGUGCUGUAAGGAGGGUACUCCUGAACAAGUGAGAGAGGAUAGCCCUAAAAUAACUUGCUGCAGCGCCAAAACGACACCAACUGAUAGUCAGGAGCAGAUUAUUUGAUAGGUUUUUUUUAAUGAAAUCGGGGUUUAAAUUUAAAAUACUAAUUGGCGGAUAUUUCUGGUUUAAAAUUAAUUUUGAGGUUUGUGUAACCUUGGAUUAUGUUUUUGUCAAAAAGGGUUUACUAGAGUCGGACCAAACUAUCUUUACACAGAGUUUGCACUGAAUGUGUAACUACCAAAAUGUACGUCCAAUCUUUAUGAAAAUACGAGGUUCAUAAUGUCACCUCCAUGCUUUGUCACUUCAAAGUAUGUGCAGGGUAAGAUUCGGUCUCUAUUUACAUUUUAAUUGACUUCAUGGAGGAGGCUAAGUUAAAUGGAAUAUAAUCGAUUAAAUCUUGGACUAAGUACAUUUUGGGCAUUCAGAUAAUUGAUAGGUUUUUGUUUCAGAGAAGUUGUAGAAUAUUUUUAAAUGGUGUUUUUGUUUUUGAUGGCAUACCUACGUUUUGUAACUGUUUGAUAAAAAAAACCGCCCUUGAAGUAUCUAACGGAACGCGGUAAAAUAUUAGGAGCGAAUUAAAUAUUUUAUUGGAGAAAUUCAGAAUAGGUACCUACCUAAAGAAUGGCUAAGCACGAAGAAUUUCGUACAUUGACCCGCCAUUUCCUACCUCUAUCGCACGCGCGUAAUUAUAUUGGUUUCCUGCUCGCACAGUGCCAUUGCCCGCCGGCACAGCAAUAUAACUAUUACGCGCGAGCGAUAAAGAUAGGAACAGGGGGGUCAAUGUACGGAAUUAUUUGUGCUAAGCGUCCUUACUUUAUCUAGGGAGUCAGAUUAGGAAGUUUCUUGCAAACUAUAUACAUAGAUUGAUUUAUGUUUAAUUUACCUAAAUAACGAAGCAGGUUUUAUUUAGCCAACCUUUAGACUUUUUAAAUGUAUUUUUAGAAUCUUAAUUGCAUCAAAAAAAAAUCUCAGCCAGGUUGAUAGUCGUUUAUCGAUACACGCCAAUCGAAUAGAGAAAUUUUUGAUUGGCGUUUGUUAAAUGAUUGUCUCUUGGCCGUGGUAGGGUCAAUGGCCACUUGCCCCAUCCAGGAUUAGCGACUAACUCGGAGUUAACCGUUAAAUUGUACUGGUAACUUCGGGUUAAAUUGUACUGGUAACUCCGGGUUUAACCGAUUAACCCCGAGUUGGCUAACCCUGAAUGGCGCAAGAGGCCCUAAGAUGCACAAAAUGACGAUUUUAUUGUUUUAGAAUAUGUAGUUUGUAAUAUAGAAAAUGUUCCAAGCGUAUAUUUUUGUAUAUCUAGGUGCUAUAAUGUAUAUGUUGUUUAACUGUUUGCAUGUAGUGUAUAGAAUAGAUAUGACUGAUCCUUUAUAAUUUUAACAUGACACUAUAUUUUUUAUGAAUUUAGUCAAGUAUGCGUAAAUCUUGGUAAAAAUUUUAGCAAUACAAAAUACAUCAUAUCAGUAAAUACGCUCAAAGUAUUGAAAAUAUAUUUAGCCGCAAAUUUGACAGCUAAAGUAUGGAACUGUAAGCCCCCGCACGUUUUGUGGUAACUGUAUUCAAACGCUCUUGUAUCCACACAAGCUGACAACUUUACGGCUAUACUAUUUAUUCUGUUUUUAUUGAAAUUUAACAAAAUUUUGGUUGUAACUACUGGGAAAAAAAUUCCCAGUAGUUGCCACCAAACCGAGUUGGUGGUAAAAGGUGGGAAAAAAAUUCCCAGAAGUUACCACUGGUAAGAACUUGGUGGUAACUAGUGGGAAUAACCCCAAUAUAUUGCACUACUUUACUCAGUAUUUCUUUGUCUAUGAUUAGGUUGAAUAAAAUUCAUAUCGCUGUUAUUUAUAAAUUAUUGUACAUUUUAUUUAGGAGAAUAGGGGAUAUUACUGCAAUGUUCUCCCGACAGAGUGCAGCACUACCGACACAGUAAAUUCAUAGACUAACUUAUACAUACUGUGCCUUAAACUGUUUUUUGACAAGUUUUUACAGACAAUAAAAGAUGACAUUGAUGAAUCAAGGCGGUUUGUUAAUAAGGGCCUACCGGUAAACGCGAAAAUUGAAAUUUAGUUAUCUGCCUCUUUAUCGCUCGAAUAUGCAAGUGAUAGAGCGAUUAGAUAACGAAAUUUCGAUUUUCUUGUUUCGCGGUAGGCCAUGUGAUUGACGUGACGUGUGAUGUGUCAAUGUGGUUUGUUUACUGUAUGUGCCACAAAGGUGCCACCUACGCAGAGCUUUGCCUAAUAUUCCCUAUUGGCAAAGAAAUUGUUAAACAUAUUGGGCAAUAUGAGGCUUGUUUUUAAAUUACUAUUUUAUAAUAACACUUCAUAAUAUACCUUAUUGGAAAGCAACGAUGAUGCGCCACGCGUUACGUGCGCGGCGCAUCAUCGUUGGACCUAUAACUUAGUAGGGUUACUGCUAUAGUUAAGGGCCACUACAUAGUAAUUGGCCACUCCUAACAAAUCAGAAAGAAACAAGCCAAUUGAAGCCUAAGAGUGACCAAUUACUAUGUAGUGGUCAAUAACUAUAGCAGUCACCCUAUAUGGGAAAAGCAUCGAUAAUUGAGUUUAUUGAUAAAGGAACUCCCUACCUGUCAUUAAAGUUUGCCCUUUAAUAUCCGGUCUUUGCUGUUAGCGUUAAAAGGGUUAAAUUAAAUUUGACAGCUGUCUGUGCCAUUUCCCAAGCGUUUAUUCGGUUCGGUUCGCUGUAAUGUCAGUUAAUUAAUUGAAGAAAUUACCUUUAAAAGUGCCAAAUAUAUCUAUUAUUUUUACUUGUGUUAUUUAACCACUUAGAAAUAGAGAAAUAAAACGAUUUUGAUAUUUUAUAGAC